AAAUGCAUUUGGAAAAUAAGCCUCGCCGUAGAUUGUUGUUAAUGGUAAAAAAAUGAUGAAAAUCAUAUCAUAAAAGCGUCAGAGAGAUGGUGGAAAAUGAGGGAGGGGGUGUAGGAAUAUAUAUAUAUGUGUGUGUGUGUUUUGUGUGAAGAAAAAAAUAGUAGUCUUGGAGGAAAAGGAGCAUGUGAUGAAGACAUGGAAAUGCAUUCCAAGGACGGAAAGUGACGUUAGGGCGCUUGAUGAGGCUUCUGUGCCGGCUAUGUGUUUGAUUUGAGUGGAAGAUAGGUGCAAUCACCUCAGCGGUGUGUGUGAAAGCGAGGCACCGAGAAGAGGGGGCGGGGGUGUGCGUGUAUGUAUGUGUGUGGACCUCACCGCUGACGGGACCCACAGUCACCCUGAUUGUGAACCGCUCUCAUCAUUUUUGGAGGUGAGGACAAAAGGAAAAAAAAAAAAAAAAAGAGGGGCGGAAAUCGAAAGACAGGCCCCGGGAUCCGACUGUCGUGACGGCACCCCCGGAAUUCGCCGCCGAUGGUCGGGGUUGCAUGGACCCCGAAAGGGCGAGGGGAAAAAGCGGCGUAGCGUUCGACUCUAGACUGGGGGGUUUUCCUGCCACAACAGCGGGAUUGUCAAAAGGAGCCUUUGACUCCAAGCGGGGCCUUGUAUUGCUACGUUUUUCAGGUUUCUGGCCAGCAGCCGCUGAAAAUCAAAUGUAUCUGCAUGGAAUUACUGAAGAAGAACAAAGACCUGGAGUUUGAAUAGACUGAGCUUGAAGUGGAACACAUGGAUUUACCCUCCUUUUUGGCAAAUAGCUGCCACGGAACUGGGAACAAUGAAAUGAUGGUUGACAGACAAUAGCCCAGGUAAGAUGGCGUUGAUGCUGAAGUUACAGGAGAGCAGCAAGAGGAAUCCAUGCACAGAAUCGAGGAACUAAGAGCCCUUAAAAAAAAAAAAAAAUCAACAGACUAAUAAGAAAUGCACUUCAGAGCCGAUGAGAGUCGAUGGCGUUUGAGGAUGUGUUUUUAGACCUUUGGAUUCAAGUCAUCUCGCAUAAGUGUGUGUUCGAUCCUGGCGAGAUUACGCUUAUUAACGGACACAAAAAUUGCUGUGGCAGAAUUCCGUCUCAAUGGAUUGUUCAUUUUGUUGCAUCGUUGUAAUUGGAUGAUGCCGACAUAAUCGUUAUCCUAUAAAAAAAGGUAUGCUUAUGGGGGCUAUCGUGCUACAACAUUUACAUGUCAGACAUUUGAAGUUGCCUUAUAUUGUGGCUUGUCCGUAUUCUUCAUGCCAAACUGCUUCAGCCGCAGAGGAAUCACCACAAGUUUUGAACAAACUGUCAAGUGAACCUUUUUAUUAAGCGGAAAGAUCCAUACAUAUGUCCUUGUCGCACUGAAGAAAGAACAUUUUUACUUUUUUGAUACAACCAUCCGAUGUUUGGUAAUUAUAGCAUUUCAGAGAUAUAUUCCCCUUCUUCGACGCCCUUGUGGAUUUCAUGAAGCAUUUCCUUUUAAAAAUGAAUUUUUGCUCUCUUUUGCAUCCAUGGUGACUGCCAUCAGCCGUUCAUUUGUAUAUCAGCGCUGUCCCCCGUUAUUGAUAGUACUCACUGUUGUCUUUUUCUAAGUCAAAAAGAGAAAAACAUGCAGAAUUUUUCUAAUAGCCCUGCCCCCCAUUCUCUCCCCCCCGGCUUUAGCGGGAGGGGCGGAGGAGGACCUCCGUAUUCGACUCAACCAGCAGAGCCCCAGGUCUCCCCAAGGAUGACUGAUGAUUAUGCAGGGAUGCAACAGCAGAGCCUGCACAGAGGCCUUCCACACGCCAGUCAAGUCAGCCCCAUGCUUGCUUACAACGCUCGAAACAGAGGGACUGUAGAGCCGCCGCCGCCGCCGCCGCCAACACAGGGUAACCUUCAUAGUGGCAACACCAACAACCUUUACAGGAAGGACACAAUGGAUUAUUAUUUUUCAAUGGGCGGGAAGGACAGGAACCGAAGAGGAGGCCUGGUCUACGGGUCAGGAUUCGGAUAUCCGAAUAUCGACGGACACAUGCCACCGCAGUACAGACACUCUGCUUCUGGAUCUGUGUUGUCAUCCGGAAUCAUGUCACAAUAUUCAGUCGACUACGGGCCCGGUACUGGUUCAGGUGGAGGAUCAGGAGCAUUCUCUCCUCGUCAGUACAGUAUGAGUCAGAACCCUGCAAUGCAGGCUAUGACGGCUUCUCAGAGUCGCCAGCCCGGACAGACCUUUUCUCCAGCCCACCACGGGCAGCAGCAUAGGAGUUAUCCAACCUCUGGGCACAGAAUGACCCCGCAGUACCCGCAGUACUCUCCGCAGGCUGGAGCAUCCACGGGGUCAUCAGGAAUGUACAGCCCCCCUCCACAGAGAUAUCUCGAUGGGACCGCUAACGCCGGUUUUGAUCCCAAAGUCAACAGUUCUCACGGUGUCAACUCAAGUGCAAACUCUGCCUCUGGUUCAGUUGCUGGUAACAAUAUGGGGCCAGUGGAGAAUGUUCAACAGCGCUACCAUGCCUCAAAUUAUGCUGGAUAUUCCCCACAGGCACAUCCGCUUCACAAGCAAGGCGCUCUACAGCACCACAACUCGCAGCACAGUUUAGGCGCGGUUUAUGACAACCCCCUUAAAAUGCAGCACCAGGGUCCAUCUCCAGGCUCGGUGUACGGUAAACAUCACCAAGCGUCCAACCCUAAUAUGCCCGAAGAACUCUCCAAAUCCCCCAUGAAUGCCAAUUCCCAACAAAGCCAGAUACACCAAAACCUCAGCCCGAUAUCCAACCCUUCCCCAGCCGCUUCUGCAGUACAUUCCCCGAGUUGUAGCUCCACGCCAUCCCCUUUGAUGGGUGUUUCAGAGACAUACGUGAACCCCUCUGGCCCUUCCCAUCCUCCCACAUCUAAUGUCCACAGCAGCCACGGUCAUAGAUUAAUGCAGGUUGUCUCGCAGUUAAGUCCCACCCCCAACUCAAACAGUAGCAUCAGUAGUUGCGGUAGCAGUGGCAGUCACAAAGGUCAUAACCUCACCACUGUCGGAGUCAACAGCAUCCCGCCAACAAGCUGCAACAAAAUAGGCGUAGGAUCGGGACUCGGGAGCUCUCCGGCGGGGAAAAUGCAAGAUACGGGACUGAGUAGUCUCAAUGCUUUGACCUCCCAAGUAGCCAAUUUACCAAACACCGUUCAACACGUGACGCUAACCGACAAUAGGCUCUCACAGAAGAAGGGGAAAGAUGGACAGAUGCAACCAGCAACGCAUGGCGUUCCGCCAUUGCAACCGAGGAGUAGAAAUGCGAGUGCGGCCUCAAGCACGGACACGGCUAAAGAUGCCGUGGGAGUUGCUGACGGUGGAGGUUUAGACCCUGUUGCUGCUGAAGACUCUUCCUACAUGUCAGUCGGGACCUCAUCAGAGACCAAGACCGAGCAAGAGGAUCAUUUAAUCGAGGUGGAACACACAAGACGGAGGCAAACGAGCGGCGCAAGCAGUGGAUCCGAACCAUAUUUUUAUCAUACUCCGAGUCAAACCCAGGCACAGACGUCGGUAAAUGCAAAAACGUUCACUUGCAAGUCACCACCGAAAGAAAUAGUUUCAAAAGCAAAUGAAGUUGUCGUUGCUUCCUCUUCGGAGUGUCAAUCAACAGACACUGACCCAAAAUCGCAUUCAAAACCGACAGUCUCCUCCAGGUCUUGCGGUAUUCCUCCUGCCCAGCUAAACUGUGUUUCACACCCUAGUUUAGUAAAUAAUACUCCAAAAGGUGGCCAUAAAAAGAGUACCGAAGUAACAAACGAACGCAUUAAAACCGAACACGAAGAUUGUGUUGAGAAGACGGAAAAAGGAACUAGCCAAAUGUUAUGCGGUGGGGAAAUCAACACAAAAUAUGGCCAGGACAAAGAAAAUCGGUUGCACAGCGAGAGUGAACAAAAACCAGCGUCUGAAGAACAGCAAAGCGUUGGAGUGAUUGUUUCAGCACGUUCCGAGGGAAGUCAUUUCGAAAAAAGCAAACAACCGCAAGAUCUCUGUCUGAAAGAGAAACAGGCACAGCCUUACUUAAAAGAGUCAACUAGUCAUAACGGCGAGGAAGGCAUUGAUCUGAGUCGGUAUUCAUCUCGUUACCCAAAAUCAAACAUUGAACAGCCCCCAAAUCUUGCCCACUUAGGAUCACACAAGUACAGUUCUCCACAGUCAAUGUAUGCGUCCGAUUUGUCUGUGAUGAACAGAGGAAGGACGGCCCCGCCGGGUGAAUCGGGUUCCAGAGACUAUCAGCAAUCUCACACCGGCUAUGGCCCUGAACAUUCAAAAGACAUGCGCUCUGGAACAGAUGCGUUUGGGAAGAAAGGGCAAACUGCAGGAACUAAAGGUCAAGAGGACAAUUCGCAAAUACAGCAGUUUCCGAGCCUUUUACAAGAGGUUCUUCAAGGUUAUAAUUUAGACAGACGUUACGGAAGGCCAGAGCAGCCGUUUCCUGCACAUAUCCAAGUUCAACAGCAAUUUCAAACCAGAUACCCGUACGGUCUGGUAGAAAACAUGAGGAUGGCGGAUGGUGGCGCCAAUGAUACUUUGACCCAGAUUGGAAAGCCGCAACAUUCUAAUCACAGACUGGAAAAUAAACCCAGUUUUGCAAUGCAUCCUCAGUCCUCGAUGAAGUCGGAGGCUGCCAUCACUAAGAUAUUGCAAAACGCUGCAAAAAGUGAAGGGAGUUUCUCAGAAGAUAAUUUACCACCAGCUUCAGACACGCAGCCAAUCCAACCAAAGCAUAUCAACUUAGCGGACUAUUCUCUACCACAGAGAAAAAUGGCUAAUGCAUCCACUAUGUCAUCUGCUGUCCAGGAGCUCCUUUUGCAAGACCCCGAGCCGCUAAAAGGAUGUACCGGUCAAACAGAAUCCCAAAAAUCAGGACGGCGCUCGGUCAUCUGCGAUGUGUCACCAAAUCGACGUAGCACACCAGAAAGGGACCGGGAAAGUAACAGAGAGCGAGGCAAAACGCAAAGCGCCGCGUCUGUGAUUCAGCAGCCAUUUUCUUCCACAGCGUCGGUCAAUGAUCUGAAUAAAAAUGACACUUUGGAGAAAAAAGUGGUUAAAAUUGAAACGCCAUGCAAAGAAACUGGUCCAAAUGCUGAUUUUCACGGUGGAACUAAUGAAACUGAUGUGGACUAUCCUUCAAAAUCCAUUGUGCCGAAUUCUGACCCCUACAGACACAUGCCGCAUCCUCUGAGCUCCAAUCCUUUAUCGUCGCCAUCGAGACGUCAGUCGUAUCUUCAAGGCGUUGAUUUAACAACGAGUGAUGCCAACAGUUUUCCCGGUUAUCGGUUUCCCGAUACAAGAGAAAGCAAUAUCAUGCCACACGGCAACCCUCAUUUUCCUCCCCAUCAUCCCUACCACAGUUUAGCACUCCAGACCCAAGCAAAUAAGCUUCAAAUUUAUCCUCACCCUCGCGGGGGCCUUCAGCAUUCACAUGAAAUAAACGAUUGGGUGAAAGCAAUGAACAGGUCUGCGAAGGAUGCGAUGAUGAUGCCGGUUUCUUCGCCGGGAAGACACAAAGUGGUUCACUCGGAGCACAGACAAAGGAUAAUCCCUCAAACGGACAUGCACGGCGAACAACACGGGACCAAAACUUUGCUCCAUCAGCAAAGCGGAUACUAUGACAUGAAAAUGUGGGAGUCGACACAGCCUGGGCGAGACGGUAGCAGAGCGAUUGAGGGCGACUCCUGCUACAGGACGCAACCGCCACCUCCACCGUCACCUGUCCACGGAGUUUCCGAGGGCGUUUUUCCUUAUCCAAAGUCGCAUGGUCCAAAUACAGCUGAGCACGAGGAAACCAAACGCCCUCCGUGCAACUCUACGAAACCUCCAACGGACUUAACCUCUGCUCGGCCACAGGUGCAGCGUCAAACAAAGUCUGGGGGACCCGGAGAGACAAAUCCUCUUAUAUUGAGGCGGCGAGUCCGUUCUUUUAUCUCCCCCAUCCCUGCCAAACGGCUGCUCCAGGAUGCGUCUCAGCAGAGGGCCGCCACAAAUUCACAUCACUCCCCCGGGGCACUCACCGACUCAAACCAUCACAAUGAAGACGAGUCAUCCUGUUCCGAUAUGCCACGGCUCUCUUCCCCUUUGCUUAGCGAUAGUACCUUUCCGAAAUCUCUAGACCCAUCCAGUUGUAAUGCUAAGUCCUUUCCUCCAAAGAAAGCACGUGGUUUGAAACUAGAGGCUAUAGUUCAGAAAAUAUCACCGAGUGUUCCAAAGCCUGCAAGCAACGCUGAGGAUGGAAGCAAUCAUUACCCGGGCUUUACUCCCACACCGAUCCCAACGUUUAGUGAUCCACAGGACCAUGACGUAACCCAUUAUGCUAGGGUUUCAGGAGGGGAUGAUACGUUCGUUGAAGACAGUCGCUCAAUAAACGAUAUGAUGCCCUUCAGAGGAGUUGAUGAGACCGCCUACCCAUGUGAACCUCACCAGACAACCCAAGCUCUCAAACAAAAAGACUUUGACUUUGGAUUAGGAGCUUCCGUGAUGUCAGCGUCUGGUGAGAAGGAGGACUUUGCUUUGCUGGGUCCUUUACCACCUCCGCCGCCACUUCCCCGUCCGGUCCAGGGUUCCCCGCCUCCGUCUUCAUCUGCCCUGUCAGACAUUCAACAUUUCACCAACACUUACCAGCAGCUUGAGACGAGAAGAGGAGAACAGUCCGCCGCGAACCUUCUUCGACAGAAACUUCAAGAAUCAGGAAUGGGAUUUGACGAUUAUACCGGCGGCGACUAUUACAGAACUACCUCACCCCACCACGGCCAAGCUCAAGGACACGCUUUGAGCAGACAUCAAAUGUCCUCCGCUCGGCCCGGUUUGUCUGCACAAGAUCCCAAGUCGCUGGACAGUACUGUGCCUAAAGGCUAUUUCCCAUCUGGCAAGAAGAAGGGCAGGCCAGUCGGGAGCGUGAAUAAACAAAAGCGUGCUCAGAACCAAGGCCAAGCACCGGGUCUGAUCCAGUCACAAGCCCAGAACCCACAUCUGAAUUCUUCUCAGCCUCCACUAACUCCCAUUACAGCUGCCCCCGUAAUCUCUGAGGCGGUGCCAACUCCAAGCAGCACAGCCGCCACUGCAACACCUUCUGUCCCGGAAAGCAAAAGCACCCCCCCUCUGACUCCGCCCAUUUUAACCCCCGUCGAAAAAGUGGAUGUUGAGAGUGAAGCGCUUCAGCCAGAGAUCGAAGUCAAACCUGCGAGACGGCGGCGCAGGGGGUUGAAAGAUGAAGAUGGUUCACCGGAAAGAAGAGGGCGUCAAAGGGUAAGAAGAGGAGGACCCGCAGCAACAAGAGAUGAGACGGACGCACAUUUAGGGGCAAAAGGGGGUAACGGCGCAAAUAAAGCAUUCCUAGAUCCGAAUCUGAAAGGCCUCUUUAUUCCACACAUACACGUGGAGAACAAAAUACCAGAGAUCGGAGCGGUGUGCACUAUUGUCAACGCCGAGGAUGAUAAGUUGAAAGGAGAGCGGAGUGCAGUCGGAGGGAAAACCAGCGCGAGUGGAAUCGAUUCUCUCCCCGUCGCGACUCUUUCCUCCAUUUUAUCCAAGAGAGAAUCGGAGAGGAGGGAGAUGGAUGAAGUGGAAACGACACUUCAGUCGGGAAAAGCGCUCCCUUCAUCCGGCUAUGUCGUUUCCGGACCCGCUCUUACAGAAACCAAACACUCUGGCCGCCAGCUUUGCUGUCUCUGUCAAAAAUGGGCCAAUUAUAAACACCUCGGAGACCUUUAUGGGCCUUACUAUCCUGCCGAAUACGCCGCAAAGCUCCCCAAGAACCAGCCGCAGGUUCGACAAUGUCAAACGACCGCAGGCACAAUCAAAACCGGACCAAACACCGACAUUGGCUCAAAUAUUUUGAGUACUUUCCAACACCCGCAAACACAACAAGCUCCGAUGACCAGACCCACGGUGAUGAGUAACUGCACCGUUAGCUUAGACUCGAACCUUAAAUCGCUCUCCACUGCGGUAAGAGCAGCUAGCUCCUUAGCUAACAACGAGGAUACGACCGGUCAACCCGGUAGCACUGCUUUCUCUUACACCUCCAGCUACAGUAAAAACACAUCUCUAACCUGGGACAUGAACCUUGACGUCAGACCCAUCCCAAUGCUAAAGAUAGAGCCAGACUUCGAGACGGAGCAGCAACAGUUUCCAACGCAGCAGCAACCGCAUCCAGCGGAUGAACCCCAACAACAACGGCCGCAACACCGGAAGCUCACCUCACAUCCUCGCUUUAAACGGAGACACAAAUCCAGCGAGGACUCUCCCAGAAUGGUACCUUCCAACAGUAAGGCUUCGUUGCCCUUUCAGCCGCCGCCGCCAGCUUUGGACUCGCUGGGACCGUUGGCGCAACUCGCUCAGUUGCCUCAGAUGCCCAUGGACCCAGAGGAGCUGUGGGUUCAUGAAGGAUGCAUCGUGUGGACCAGCGGAGUCUACCUUGUCAACGGGAGAUUGUACGGACUCCAGGAGGCUCUCGAUGGUGCCAGAGAAACGAGCUGCUCAUACUGUGAGAUGGUCGGCUCUACGCUUGGCUGCUACAGUAAAGGCUGUACACUCCGAUACCACUAUCUGUGUGCCAUUGAAUCAGAUUGUUCUCUUAAUGAAGAUAACUUCUCACUCCGAUGUCCGAAGCACAAGGUUAUUACUGAUCAACUUGUUUGGUCAACUCUACCUCAAGCAGGUUACCCAGGGCGUCCGGCCGGCCAAAUCGCUCUACUUGGAGCAGUCGGAGAGAGGAUGAGACAAUAAUAACAGGAGUCUGGUGGAAGCGGUUUGGACAAGGGCCGGCUCUACAAGACGACACUUGAAGAACGUGAAGAAGAGUCGCACAGGACCAAGAGAGAGCGAGAGCGAGAGAGCAACAAAAGGGAAUGUAAAAUUUCAACAGGAAUCAACAUCAUUUACAUUCAAGACAUUACUGCUUUUCUUGGAGAACUAUUAUUGCUCUUUACUUCAAAGCGGAAAAAGACAAAAAAAAAAAAACACGCAGCAUAAAGGAACAAAGCUGAAGGAAAAAAAAGACUUUUUUCAGAAGAAAACACUAACUGAGAUGGAAGCGGAAUGAAAAGAGAUGCCAAACCAGAUGGAGGAACAAAGGAACUUGUCCGUUAAGACCAAAAGGAGCCAUUUUCCUCUCUGGGCUUACUUUGAUUUCCUUGAAAAGUGUUAAACUUUUGUUUAUCACCUAUUUUGUCAUUUAUCUUUUUGUUUUUUUAAAGGAGACCUGUUGGGAGCAACCAGGGUGUCAAAGUGAGAAAAGUAGUAUUUUUAACUCAUGAUAUCAGAUUCAUAUUUUAGCCCUUAUUAUUUUUGUAUCCUCAUCAGUAUUUAUCUGAAACGAUGAAACGGACGUAUCUCACUUUAUAUUCAGUCCCAACGUUAAUUGGCUGCUUUUUCUUUCCUUUUUUAUUUCAUUCCCGGAGAGGAGGGAGCCAGAUUGAUGUCUGGAUUGUCAGGGUUGAGUUUGCCACAAAGACAUUUAUUGCCUUGGAGAAUGGACAUCUGUUGCCUUUCAAUAGUGUGUGUGUGUGUGUGUGUGUGUGUGUGUGCGUUUGAACGAGAGAAAGUGCUAUACCAUUCUGGUCCUUUUUGAAAAGUGUUCUUAUUUUUCAUCAGUGAGCUUUUUACGGUACAGCAAGUAUCCCCGAAAAAUCAGACGGGCACAGUCUUAUUUUUCCAAGUAGAAAUGUUCCCAAUGUGCACAGAGAAAGGGACCGUGACGUUACGAGGAGAUAAAACGACGGACUAAAAAAAACAAAAAAAAGUGUCUGCCCGCCUUUCACCACACAAACACGACACUGACUUGUUAAAGCGCUUGUGUUCUUACAUAGGAAACGUUACUAGUCACCUGGCAUCACGAGGAAGGAGGAAUGUGAUUGACAGGUGCGACGGGCCGAUCGGGACCAAGCUUUUUCACCGUGUGUACGUUGUCAUCAGUAGCACAGCAGCGGUUGGAUCGGGAGGAAAUCCGUUCAAAAAGAGGCAUUGCCAUCUAAUUUUAUUGUGAGUCGUACAUGGUGUUGUCUUGACCAUUUUUUUAAUUGUUAUUCUUGUAAAAAAAAACGAAAAAAAAACAAGCUAAUAGACGGCAGUUACGCUAUCCGAACCAUGCUGUAUCACAAAACCUGUCAAUAUGUAUAUGAAUUAUGAAUACACUUAAAAGGCUUCAACUAUG